AUGGCUACGGGAGUCGCUGCCUGGCUUCCUUUCGCACGGGCAGCAGCCAUUGGCUGGAUGCCCGUCGCUAGCUGCCCCAUGCCUGUGGCGCCGAGAGACCACCGUCGCCGACAGGACGAGCUUAUUGUCCUGAACGUGAGCGGCCGUAGAUUCCAAACGUGGAGGACAACUCUGGAUCGGUACCCAGACACCCUACUCGGCAGCUCUGAGAAAGACUUUUUCUACAACGAGGAAACCAAGGAGUACUUCUUCGACCGAGACCCCGAUGCCUUUCGGAGCAUCCUCAACUUCUACCGGACUGGGAAGCUGCACUACCCACGGCACGAGUGCAUAUCAGCCUAUGACGAGGAACUGACUUUCUUCGGCAUCAUCCCGGAGAUCAUCGGCGACUGCUGCUAUGAAGAAUACAAAGAUCGGAAGCGGGAAAACCUAGAGCGACUUCAAGACGACCUGGAAGAGAAUAAGGACGUCAAGCUGCCUCACAUGAACUUCAGAGAGACCAUGUGGCGUGCUUUUGAGAACCCUCACACCUCCACCAUGGCACUGGUGUUCUACUACGUCACCGGCUUCUUUAUUGCUAUCUCUGUUAUCACCAAUGUGGUGGAGACGGUGCCGUGUGGUUCUACCGCCACCCAAAAGGACAUGCCAUGCGGCGAGCGCUACACGGUGGCGUUCUUCUGCAUGGACACAGCCUGCGUCAUGAUUUUCACGGUGGAGUACCUUCUGCGCUUGUUCGCCGCCCCGAGCCGCUACCGCUUCAUGCGUUCUGUGAUGAGCAUUAUCGAUGUGGUGGCCAUCCUGCCGUACUACAUCGGCCUGGUAAUGACAAACAAUGAGGACGUGAGCGGCGCUUUCGUCACACUGCGGGUUUUCCGAGUCUUUCGCAUCUUCAAGUUCUCACGCCACUCGCAGGGCCUGCGUAUCCUGGGCUAUACGCUCAAGAGUUGUGCUUCAGAGCUGGGUUUUCUGCUCUUUUCUCUUACCAUGGCAAUCAUUAUCUUUGCGACGGUCAUGUUCUAUGCUGAGAAAGGCUCCAGCUCCAGCAAGUUUACCAGCAUCCCAGCCUCUUUCUGGUACACCAUCGUCACCAUGACCACACUGGGGUAUGGAGAUAUGGUACCGAAGACCAUCGCUGGUAAGAUCUUCGGGUCAAUCUGCUCGCUCAGCGGCGUGCUGGUGAUCGCCCUGCCAGUGCCCGUCAUUGUUUCCAACUUUAGUCGCAUCUACCACCAGAACCAGAGAGCAGACAAACGCCGGGCCCAAAAGAAAGCUAGAAUGGCUCGUAUACAUUUAGCCAAGACUGGCAGCGCCAACGCCUUCCUGCUGAGCAAACGCAAUGGACUCCUCAACGAGCUGCUGGAGCUGACGGGCGCUAACGCAAGCGAGCAGAAGCUGCCAAAGUCAUCGUGUCUUUUAGAGAGCCAACACCACCAUCUGCUGCACUGUCUGGAAAAAACUACUGUAUGUGAAUCCCUCCAAAUUAUUUCCCCUCCUUCCCGCUUCUUUUUAAACCUUCUGACAUGUAUUCCCCUCCAGGCUCAUGAGUUCAUAGACGAGCAGCUUUACGAGCAGAACUAUUUAGAAGCUGUGAUGCAGAGCUUCCCCGCCCGCAGAGUGUCGGUGAGUAGUCGUGACGGCGCAACGCCCACCUGCUGUGGCGGCAGGGCCAAGAGGAACGCCGCCUUGCCCAACUCUGCCCGGCAGCCUGGACCCAACCAACAGAGUCCCUUACAAGAGCUCAGCGCCAUCCACAUUCAGUGUGCUGAUAGGCCGUCGCAUUCCACCAGUCGUUCAAAACUCAAUCUGAAAGCAGACGACAUUGGCAGGCUCAACUGCAAGGGCGGUCGGCUCACCACAGCUAUCGUCAGCCUCCCGUCACCUCCUGUCCUGACCGCACCAGACGGCGAUAACCUCCACGGCCCCCCCAUCCACAGGCCACCGCCACCCUCACCCGGCCCCAGCAUCCAGACCACCACCAGCUCGGCCAACGUCAUUAAAGUGUCUGCUCUGUGA